UCGGGCCAGACUCAAGGCCUAUUUCAGCCCAUCGCCGCUUGUGGCUUUUCGAUCAUUUGAGGCCGUGAAUUGCAUCUCAAUCUGGAAACCAUGGGGGAUCAGGGUUCCCUGCAGGGCCUUGCGGACGCGCCGUUUCCCUUGACUGAGGUUGAUAAAUGGGUCCUUUCGCAGUCGGAUGAGGAUUAUAAGCUGCAUGAUUGGGACGAUCUGAGGCACAUUAUCGAGACAAACAACCUGAGUGUUUUGAAAAGGAAGCCCUCAGAUCUCCGUCGCUAUAUUGCCUGGACUGCGGAGACCAAAGCACAAUAUGGCACCAUAACGGAGUACAUCCUGCAGAAUCGUCUGCCUAAAGCCUGGGGACUGCCACCAUUCGUGCCCGAAUCGCAGGUCCCCUUUGAUGCCGCCUCAGACUACAAGGUCCUGCUGAAUGAUUGGCCGUAUGGCCUGACGCCGGAGAUCACGCACAUUGUUGUGUGGUCCCGCACCCCGAUCCCUACUGACCCUGAGACGGGGGACCUGACGACUGAGAGCAGAGCCCAGGUGGAGAAUUUUGUCAAGACGCAUUUCGUCGAUACGCUGGGCGCCGGAGGAGAACAGCAAGUACUGUGGUUUAAGAACUGGGUUGCGCUGCAGAGUGUGCGGACGCUGGAGCACUUCCAUGUGUUGGUCCGCAAUGUUGACGAUGAUAUGCUGGAGCGCUGGUCAGGGGAGCGGCCUCAAAGGAGCGAGAAGUGAAUGGAUAGAGACUAUGCACUGGGGCCGCUCUUGAGCUUUUUGUGUAACGUUGAUUUUGUAUAGACCACCAUAGUUAGACAGACAGACCACCGUUUAUACCACUAUUUAAGCAGUCCUCCUUGCUCGACGGUUUCCUUGCGGCGCAGCGUUGUUGUCGGCACUGCCACCACCUUGCAUCGAGGCGAGUGCAUUCUUGCCCAUGCCCAAAAGUCCGUAGGCGAGGUAGGCGCCAUAUGCGGGAACCACGGCAUACAGCAUCCAGCCCCAUUUGCCAAACAGUAUCGCAGAGACGAUGGAUGCCCACGCCACCCAAAUGACAUCAAACAUGUACUCCGUCAAGCCGGCGGCUGCCAGGUCUUCGCCCGAGCUCUUGAGGGCGCCGGUUGCGGCAUCGUACUUGGGUCGGCCAGACGUCUCGAGGAUAUAUUCGCAGAUGAAGCUGGGGACCGAGACGAGGCCGUAGACGAGCAGAGAUCGAGAGCGGAAGAAGAAAUGCGAGAGGAGGAAGAGCACGUGGACGACGAGGGAUCCGAUGUGCAGGUUGUUGAGGGAGGCCGCAUUGGAUUUGGCGCGGUCCUUUUUCGCUUUUUGAGCCAUGGC